CAGCAUCCGGGGGUCAUUUUAGAUCCUGUAAUCUUACGGGGAAAGGGAGUGGGGGCUCUUCCCUUCCUCCGGCACUUGAGGGCCUCCUCUCUCAAUCUCCUUUCGCGAAGCUCCCAAACCCUGCUGGCCCCACUGCACUCUGCACAUGCUCGGCAUUCGGCGCUCUCCUUUCGCAAGUCUGAAAAAGCCCGAUCAGUGACGAGCGAACACGUGCGGGGAUCGAGUGCCCCAGGAGGGGGAAACAGCCACCCAGACGCCGCCGCUGCCACCUCCGCGGCCGCCGACGAGUCAUCCUUUCCCCAGCAGCGAGGGACCUUGUUCCACUCCCUGCAGACGAGAAGAAGCGCGUAAGAGGAAAGUCCAGCCCCGGGACGCGCGGAGCAGGAGCAGCAGCAGCCCUAGCGCAAGGAGACGCGCCAGAGCAGGUGGGCCGCGGCUGCUGGAGACGCCUCUUUCUCUCUCCGAAGGGGCGGGCAGGCGGGCGGCUUCCCCACGCCGAAGAGCGCCGCGCCCAGAGUCUCCUCCGCCUCCUCCGUGCACCCUUUGCGAGGCGCGUCGCAGGCGGGCAGCAGCACAGCCCCUUGAAGUAAGGGGCUGGCUGGUGUGCCUUCUAAAUAUACCCCAAGGCCUGCUUGGAACAGCCUGCUUAGGAGGGAGAUAAGGCUGUUUGUUCUGCGUCCGUUCCAGGAUGUGUGGCUGCAGAAAAUAAAGAAAUGGCCAAGGAGGAAGCCAUGCCUGACCUUCUGAGAUAAGACUGCUCCCGCCACAAGUGUGUGCCUGCGCUUCUGCUGCCAGGACUCGGGGCAAUGAGUUUUUAACUUCCACGAUUGCUGGCACUUCCAGCUGGGCUGAGGAAGACAAGAGUGUUCAUGGAGAAGCUUGAGGGGAACCCUCUGUCGUUGUAAGACCUUGACUGUGAAAUAAUCUCUUCAAAAUCGCUCAGAAUGCUGUUCAUCUUGUUGCCUCUCCUCUUCCAGUCCCAAGGUAUUUGUGGGAUCAGCAGCGAUGAAGGAGACUUCCAGUUUUGUGCAACCAGGAAUCAAACAAAGAAAAGCAAUAUCAGCUAUGAAAUCCAGAGCGACGGCAUCAGCAUUAUAAACAGUGCAGAGAAACUGAUCCUAAGGGCACCUUUCACUCCAGAAAUUCAGUGUGGACGUAUUACAGGAUCCAAGGAGUGUCCUCUGCCACAACAAUUGGGGCCUUAUCGCAUCUGUUUGCACUGGUUUCGGCAUGACAGUCUUUUGACGAUCACCUAUGGGAAGUCCCAAACGAAUUUCAGCCUGACUAGCCAGGCAUAUACCCUGUACUGUCCCAUUACAACUGAAAAUUCUUCUCAAUAUGGCCCCAAUGUGCUUUAUAGGGUCUCCUAUGCCUUUAAUAGGGGUGUCCACAACACAUCCCUUCCGGACAUGUCUGCAUAUCAUUUCUACUUCACAGGUGAUCAAGGAAAGACGCCUGUUCGAGUAUCCGAUAUGGAAGGAAAAGUUAGGAGCGUAGAAGAAAAGCUGAAGACUCUGGAAAAAGGCGGGAAGCUUGGCAAGAGUGGCAGGAACGGCCUUCGGCCAAACCCAUUUGAGUUGCUCCAGCGUUUGGAGUCAGAGUUGGGAGAAGUAGAAUUCCAAGGGAAGAACAAGACUUUUGGGAAGGGAGCACUGCUACAUGCAAGCGUCUGGAAUUUCCAGUCCUUGAGUCAUCAGAAUAUAACUUUUGGACCCAAGCUAGAGGAGGACAAAGAGGCUCAUGGCUUUGAAGUGAUGCUGCCUAAAGCGGCCCUGGACAAAGUCGUCCUUGCAAAACCCAAACUCGGGCGCAGGCCGGCUACACCGAGGGCAGUGCUGCUGGUGGUUUCAAGCUCCACCCUCUUUCAGGACCAAAGUUCUUCUGACCAGAUCCUGGGUGGGAAAGUGAUUGGCCUCUCCAUCUGGAACACAUCAGUCCAUGGCCUGCUCAGAGAGGAGCGGGUGGCACUCACUUUCUGGCACAACAGUCUUCCGUCGAACGUGACUCCCCAGUGUGUGUUCUGGGACACUGGCUCUGAAGCUGGCCACCCAGGCAAGUGGAAUUCAUCUGGCUGUGAAGCAGAACGAGGAGCGGACCGAACCAUCUGCCGCUGUGAUCAUCUCACCUUUUUUGCUGUGCUAAUGGUGUCCUCCCCAGAAAUUGACCGCAGCCACCAGGUCUACCUGACCUUGAUCACUUACAUUGGGUGUAUUGUUUCGGCCGUGGCAUCGUUCUUCACCAUCUUCUUCUUCCUCUGCACAAAGAGAAAGCAAGGGGACAACAUUGUCUACGUUCACAUGAACCUCCUCUGGGCCAUCUUCCUCCUCGACAUGAGCUUCCUCAUCGCAGUGCCUCUGGCCCCUACCGGUGGUGACGUAGCUUGCAAAUCUGGCGCCAUGUUUCUGCAUUUUGGGCUGCUGGCCUGCCUGACCUGGAUGGGUAUCGAGGGCUACAGCCUGUACCUCCUUGUGAUCAGAGUCUUCAAUUCCAACAUCAAGCAUAUGCUCCUUAAGCUUUGCCUGGUGGGCUGGGGUCUUCCCCUAUUCAUUGUUCUGCUGAUCUACGUGAUCAACCAGUCGCAUUAUGGACAUUUCCCCAUUAAAGUGUAUGAAUCCUCUGGGGAAUAUACCAAUACAACAAUCUGCUGGAUCACCAAAAAAGAGAUCAACAACUUCCUGAAUCUGGGCUUUCUAAGCCUGGUGCUCUUCUUCAACACCAUCAUGCUGGGCGCGAUGGUGCAAGCGAUCCUCAAGCUGCGAUGUCAGUGGGGAUAUGCCGUGAUGCUCCUGGGGCUCAGCUGUGUGCUGGGCAUCCCUUGGGGGCUGGCCUUCUUCUCCUUCGCCUCUGGGACCUUCAAGCUGGUGUCUGUGUACCUUUUCACCAUCAUCAACUCACUCCAAGGGUUCCUCAUCUUCCUUUGGUACUUGGCAAAAACCCUCCAGUCCCGCAGGUCUUCCUCCUACUUCUACAGCACAAAUUCCAGCAGCAUCAAGCUACAGCCAAGCAGCACCAGCAUAUGAUCCAGUGAGGGGUCACAUUCUGCUUGGAUGUCCUGCCUUGCCUCCUGUGGAACCGAAGGCCUCUUCCCUACCUGCUUCGGAAAUCCAGACUUUCGGGAAUCACUUUGUCCUUGCACUGCUCAUAGCUGAGUGGUUGGCGUACAGGCUAUUUUAAAACUUGGAGCCCUCCAUGCCUGUCUCUCCCCUAUUUAUCAGGGGUAUCCUCACCUCUAAACUCCGUCUCCGUGGAAAGCGCUCAUUCCUGUUGAGCACAUACGAGGGAACUGUUGCAAAGAGGAAACCACGUCCACAAAUGGUUUAAAUGCAGUAUUUCUUUCUGUAUAUAUUUAUGUAAUUUUUUUAAAGGGGAACUCUUUUUGUGACUCCUUUUCCUAACAAAAAAGGACCGCUCUCCUGCUCUGCCAUCGGUUAUGAGGCAUGUCGGGGUAUGUGAUGGCAAAAAAAAAUUGGAUAGAUAUUGAGAGCAUGGAUAAAAAAAACACCCUGCAGAAAUACAAUGGAAACAAGUUAGAAAUUAUACUGUUGCACGCCACCCCAAUCUCCGAGCAGUGCUAGGUUCCAGGCACUUAACCCAGGAUUUGUGUUUCCUUUACAAUGGGCAACAGCGGAGACUGUGGUGUCUUUGUGAUAUACGGUUUAUUUACACACAUCUAUACAAUCUGAGCCCAUGAUGGAAGUGCUCACAGCAUUAACACCCCAAAAGGAUCUUGGAUUCAAAAAGACAUCAAACAUUGCUCUCUGCCCCUCUUCUAGUUUACAUCACAGCCCCCAAACUCUACUCCAGAUUCUGGCAUUUGUCCGUCUCACUAUCUGCAAGUUGAAGAAGGAGCCCUGCCUGUUUGUUGUUUCGCACAGAGCUUCAGUCUCUUAAUCUGGAAGCCUAAUCUAGAAACUAGCCUGGCAUAUAUUUUAACACAUGCUGGAUCCAGGCGUUAGAGGGGUCUGGUACCUCCGAACUCAUAACAAUACUAUAAUUUGCAGGAAAA